AUGUCCUCGAGGUCCCCGACUACAAGUGCGGCCGCGGCUGAUGGUGCCGCUGCACCGGCCACAACAGUGGAGCAGUUCCGCAACGCCAUGGCGGUCUUUGAGACCUUUCCUCUCCUGGACGACGACGACUUGCGUGUUCUGCUCCGGAGCCUGGGUUCGGUGCAGCUCCGCCGAGUGCUCGGCAUCGGGCACAAUGUGCUCAUGGGCACUGAUGCCCACUACGCGGCCAGGAUCUCGGCUCGCGACCGCACGCUCGAGCUGGCCCAGCAGCAGAUGCUGACGCAGGGGACUACGCCUUCGCCGAUGCCCGGACCGCUGCUCAAGAGCAUGGGUAAGGCCCAGAGCCCUCCGCUCAAGGCCAUGCCCGCCAAGCCGUCGAGCAACAGCCCGCCACCGAGCUCUUCAACGUCACCACCGAAGCAGCCGACGGGGACGGAGCAGCCGAAGACGAAGGCCUCCAGCGGAGCCAAGUGCGUCCCGGCUAUGACAACGCCCAAGAAGGCGACUACCCAGGACCCGCCCGCCUCGCCGGCCAAAGCAAAGGCUGCCUCCGCAGCUCCGAUCGCGACGCCGGCCAAGGCUGUGGUUCAGCAAAAGCGCCCGCCGCAACGACCCAGCGAAUACGACAGCACCUUGGCGGCAGUCUUCACCCAGCCGUACGUGGACACAGUGCCACAAGACUUGGAACUUAUGGCACCACCACCUUCGGCCUCGCCUUCGCCCGCUCCGCCUUUGCCGCCGCCCAGCUCACCACCGCCGGAAGUUUUCUUCGAUGAGCUGGCGCCCGACCUUGAGGACUUCCUUCAGGCUACGGCGGCUGCCUCGCAGCCAGUAUCCACCUCUGACGUCGAGGACGCCACGCCCGAGGACCCGGUGGAGCAGGACGACGACGGAGGCCAGGACGACGGGGACGACCAGGAUGAUGACGAUGACCAGCCCAGGGUCAUCUCACGCAGGCUGCUGUGCGUGUCGCCCGCUCAGCCCGACCCGCCCUCCACGGCAGGAGCCACGACAGCAACAGGGGCCAACGCCACAGCGGAGGACACCGACGAGGACGAUGGGGCGCCCGUACCGAGUCAGCCGACUCCGGUGCCCGACCCGCCGGUGGCGAAGGCGUCCUUUCCUUCGCCCGCCGAGGUGUCCCGAGACCAGGCUCGCAUCGCUCGCCGCCGCGAUCGUGAAGAGCGGCUGCGCGCUUGGGAAGGGUGGCCUGAGCCAUGCGACUUGCUGACGGGCGAGACCAACGUCGUUUGGAACUUGCCACCGGGCGUCCCAGCACAGCCUCCACCCGGCAAAUACGCCGACCACCGCGUGGAGGGCUACUGCAACCUGGGCUGCGAGACGCGCAAGGCCGACCGCACGCCAGUUUGUCAGGGCCGGAAGGCGCUGAAGAGCGGGCCUUCUGAUUCUUCCAUGGCGUCACAUCACUUCAUGCACGAGAAGCUGGACGCCCGCACUGCGCAGCCGUUCUCUUCAAGGCUCAGGUUGCUUUGCUCUUACGCUGUGCACGCGCGCGCACGCCACGCCAUGUCGGCUUUCGACUACCACUCGUUCGUGGACUUCAUGCAAGCAGCGGUUUCGGCCGGAUUGUCGCCGCAAACCAUCGACAAGAUGAGCGAGCUGGGGUUCGAAAGCAUACAUGAUGCGGCACUCCGCGCGAAGCACGUCGACCAUCGACUCGCCGGUGAGAUCGAGGUCAUGUUGGUCAUGUCGGGGUACAAAGACCACAUGGAAGCCAGCCAAGGGAGCGCCCCGCCCCGCGGACCCGCACCGCGCUUCGACCAGCCUGCUCCGAGAACCUCGGCUGGUGGCAUGUUGAACAAGGCCUUGGCAGCCGCCGACCCGCUCAACUCGGAGGACGCCUUGCGAGACUUUCGGGACAAUGUGUACGCCCGCUCCGCGCGGGCCCCGAAUGACGCUCGCUGGGUCACAUGGUGCAAAAUUUGCGCGGCCUGGGGAAUCAGCCCCGUGCCUCUGACCGCCGACACCAUCGAGAAGGUCGGCACGAGUUUUCGCAGCGGGGGAUACCGCAGCUCCGCUCAGUAUUUCUCUCGGGCUCGCAAGGAGCACAUACAUGUCACGGGCCAAGCUGUCCCCCCGCCCGUGGAACUGGCGAUACGCGACGCCAUCAGGUCCAUUGAGCGAGGCAUGGGCACCAACUCCCCCAAGGACGCCUUUCGCCUCGACUCCCUCGACAUCUGCAUUGACCUGCUCGAGGAAAGGCUCCGCUUUCACCAUGCCAUGGUGGUCCUGGGAUCCUGGUUUCUUUGCCGCGAGAUCGAGCUCUCCGCGCUCCGGGUCAAGCACAUGACUCUCGACUCCGAAAGAAAGCAAGUAUGCCUCACCCUGUCCGCGAGCAAGAACGACACCGUGGGGUCAGUGGUGCAGCGACGACACUCGUGCUACUGCGGCACCAUCCCGGAGACGAUCUGCCCCUAUCACGCGGCGCUCCGCAUCGCCGACCAGUGCUCUUCCGACUCCGAGGAUUUUAUUUUCGCAGCCGACACUGGUGAGCCCAUGACGAAGGCACAGACGAUCGAGGCGAUCCACGCAGUUCUCACCGCGGCCGACGUGCCACUGACCAGAGCCGGAGCUCCCCUCGAGCCCGAGGUGAACAGGUUCGGGGGACAUUGUCUUCGAGUCUCGGGCGCCCAACACCUGUGUCGCAUGAGGAUACCGGUGAGCACGAUCAUGUUGCUCGGGAGAUGGGGGAGCCGCGCGAUCGAGCGCUACGUCCAGGACACCGAACUCGAGGACGCCCUCUACGGCAUCGCGGCCGCCGGCCUUCCGACCUUGCCGCCUGGGCCUGCAGCCCUCAAGGACAAGGCGCACGACUCCCCUCCCUGGACCCUCGUGCACAACCUGGAGGAGUCCGAGCCAGCGCCUCCGCCUCGACCGACGAAGAAAGCUCGCUCAACAAGGACAGACGCAGAGGACAAAGAGGCCGUGGCAGCAAUGAUCGGAUCGCUUGACGACAUAGCCGCACGCCUCGAGUUGAUCCAGGACAGGCCGGACCUGGUUUGCAAGCGCAAGGCACACAUGAGGGACCCCGAGGAGUCCUCACGACCGCCAGCGAAAUGGCGCGCUCGCUGCGGCUAG